AUGGCAUCUUCAUCCAACAAUUUUCACUACCAUUAUGAUCCGAAUAAUGAUAGUUUUAACCAAUAUUUUCAAGAGAAGUUUAAUAAUCAAUUUGAAGCUGCUGAAGAGGAAAUUCCGGCCGAAAGGAAUAAACGUACAUAUAUCGAUAGAAAACGGGAAGAAGGGCACAAAUGUUUGUGGAACAAUUAUUUUAGUGAUAAUCCGACUUACACGAAGAGGCAAUUUUGCAGACGGUUUCGAAUGAACAAGUCAUUGUUCUUGCGUGUUGUGAAUCGUCUCAGUGAAGAAGUUCCAUAUUUUCAACCAAAAAAGGAUGCAACCUUCCGGAAUGGUUUAUCACCGCUACAACAAUGUACUGCAGCAUUUCGACUAUUAGCAUAUGGUACUGGGUCGGACUCGGUUGACGAAUAUAUACGUCUUGCUGAAUCGAAUGCUCGUAAAUGUUUGGAACAUUUCGUCGUCGGAAUAGUUGACUUGUUUGGCAUUGAAUACCUACGCCGACCCACACCAGAGGAUCUUCAAAGGCUACUCUUUUAUGGAGAACAGCGGGAUUUUCCCGGGAUGUUGGAAGCAUCGACUGUAUGCAGUGGAAGUGGAAAAAUUGCCCAACCGCUUGGAAAGGAAUGUAUUCACGAGGCACCAGUAAACCACCAAUUGUUUUGGAGGCGGUAG